GAGGGGUGUAAACAUAAAAAGAGGUGUUCUGUGUAUUUCACUAUUUAGGCCACUAUUAUUAAGGACUGAAGAUAUGGACGCAACUGUUUUAUUCAUUUUAUACAAUGGUAGACGGAUUUCCAUAAGCACAAUAUGCAUAGAUUACAUUGUUGUUCUCCUUCCCUUUAUCAGACGGUAGGCUAUUGAUCAACCCCUUACGUCAGUAUUGAUAACUUUGACAAACCAAAAUCAAAUGCAAUUUGUCCAGUUAACCGGGACUGCACAAAUGCGUUGAUACUAUUUUUCUUUUCAAAAACACUCGCGGUCCACCAGAACAUCACUUAUUUUUUUACAAACACAUUUGCGUUAGUUCAGUGGACUUUCAUGUGCUCGUUGCCUUUUUUUUUAAAGUAGAACGAGUAAUCAUUAACGUUGUUUAACAAGGGAAAUCCAGCCCACAUAUUUAUUGCAGCCGCUGAAAAAAAUAUCUUCAAUAUCCCCCAAGAUGGCCGCCGAUGUGGGAUCGAUGUUUCAAUAUUGGAAGAAAUUUGAUCUACGGCGGCUUCAGAGGGAGUUAAACUCAGUAGCGUCUGAGCUGGCAGGGCGACAGGAAGAGAGCGAGCACUCCCACAAGCACCUGGUGGAGCUGAGCCGGGAGUUCAAGAGAAAUGUCCCAGAGGAAGUGCGGGAGAUGGUGGCUCCUGUCCUCAAGAGUUUCCAAGCCCAGGUGGUUGCUCUGAACAAGCGCAGUAAGGAGGCAGAGUCUGCAUUCCUGGGAAUCUACAAGCAGCUUAUCGAAGCCCCAGACCCAGCUCCUGUGCUGGAGGCCACACACACCCUGGAGGAGAGGCUGCAGCAGCUGCAGUGUUCAGCCCCAGACAGUGAGGUUCUGGUCAGGGAGGUCAGCAGGCACUGGAGGAGACACCUGGAGUGCCUUAACAAGCCAGACGACACAGAGGACGGCCCAGCAGCAGCAUCAGGAGCUGGGGAGGCAUCGAGCUGGACCGCCUGUGUGAUGACUCCCAACAGCAAACAGGCCUUCAGAGCCACAGGCUCACCUCAGCAGAACCAGCAGAACCACCAGAUCCAGAGUCAGACAGAGGGGGAGGUUGAAGACACAGAUACCACCCUGGCCGACAGACUGGGUGAGGCCGAGGAGAGGAUCAAAGUGCUGCAUUCAUCUCUGAGCACAGCCCAGACAGACCUGCUGGACCUGCGGUGUAAAUACGACCAGGAGAAGGCCAACAAGGUGGAGGAGGUCAGCGUGAUUGUGAUGAACCUUGAGAAGGCGAACCAGAAAGCGGAGAUGGCCCAGAGGCAGGUGGAAAGGCUAAAGGAGCAGCUGGCCAGUGCCCGGAGCACCACCCCAGGCAGCUAUGAUCCACCAGAGGGCACUAGUGGGGAGAGGGAUGAGAAGGGUGGUGUGUCGUCAUCCAAGUUGGAGGCUAAGCUGAUUGCUAAAGACCGUGAGAUCCUCAGGCUAUUGGAGAACAUACAGAGACUGCAGUUUGCACUACAGGAAGUCCAGGACACCUCAGCCAAUCAGAUCAUAUCGCUGGAACGCCAGCUGGCCUAUAAAACGGAAGCUAUUGAGAGAUUAGAAGCUAAACUGCAAUCCCAGAUGGACUAUGACGAGAUUAAAACAGAACUCAGUAUACUGAAGGUAAUGAAGUUGGCCUCAGCGAAUGGUAACUCGUCCCAGGAAUCUGCCAAGGCUGCAGAGGCUCUUUUGCUGGACAAAGAGGCCUUUCUUCCCUCUCACAAAUACCUGAUGGAUAAGGCCAGAGUCUUACACAACAAUGAUGAGGACCAAUCGGAGGAGUCAGGCAGAGAGGGGGGCAGGCCCACAGGGUCCUUCUCCUCAGUCUCCCAGGUGGAUGUGCGUACCUCGGCCAGCCCUGGUCCUCCCACCAUGGACGUCUCCUCCUCUAGCCACGACCUCCCCCGCCCCUUUUCUGUGUCCCCCUGCUCAGGGGGCAGGCUGUCUGCGGACCACGUCCUCCACAAGCAGCUCCUCUGCUCCCCACUUUUUAAGAAGGAAGCCGGCAGCCCCAUCAUGGCCUUCCCCACCGCCCUGUAUGCAGCCAAAGCCGCCCUAAUGUCAACCAAUCAGGGACCUGCAGGAACUGGGGGCAUUGAGGCUGGCCUGCCCAGCGACCAAUCGGAGAGUGGGAGCUCCACUGCAGGCGAUGAUGACCAGUUGGAGACAGCGGAUAUUGCCUUCCAGAUCAAAGAGCAGCUGUUGAAGCACAACAUUGGCCAGCGUGUGUUUGGUCACUACGUGCUGGGCCUAUCACAGGGCUCGGUCAGUGAGAUCCUGGCCCGGCCCAAGCCCUGGAGGAAGCUGACAGUGAAAGGCAAGGAGCCCUUCAUCAAGAUGAAACAGUUCCUGUCUGAUGAACAGAACAUUCUGGCCCUCAGAACCAUCCAGGUCCGACAGAGAGGGAGCAUCACUCCUCGCAUCCGAACUCCUGAAACUGGGUCAGACGACGCCAUCAAGAAUAUCUUGGAGCAGGCCAAGAAGGAGAUCCAAUCCCAGAGAGGAGGUGGGUCUGGAACAGGUUAUGCAUCUACCCUAUAUUCAACUGUGCUAGGUGACAUUAAGACAUCCCUGGGCAGCCCCUCGGGCAGGAGCAGUAACGGGGCAGACAGCAGCUCAGAUGACACCAUCAAGAACAUCCUGGAGCAGGCCAGGAGGGAGAUGCAGGCGCAGCAGCAGGCCCUGAUGGAGAUGGAGGUCUGUGGCAGGGCCUCUGCCACCAGCGCUGGGCCCCAAGUGAAGCACCUGGGUCUCCCUGAGCCCUCCAAGGUCCUGCCCCUACCCACCUUCAUCAAACAGGAGGAGGGGGGCACGGUGACUGUGUGCAUGGCCAACCCCGUCAGCAGCCCCCAAACCCCCCUCAGUGUCCUCUCCCCUGCCGCCUUCGUUCAGAACAUCAUCCGUAAAGUCAAGUCAGAGAUCGGCGAGGCAGGGACUUACUUCGACCAGCACUGGUCCGUGGAGCGGGGGCCCAUAGGCAUGGUGGGCGGCGUAGGGGGCGGCAACUCUCAGCCCUUCACCUCAGUGUCUCCCUCCCUGUCCUCGUCCUCGGGCCCCUCGGCCCGGCCCCGGCUGGAGAACGGAGAGUGUCUGCCCAACAGUGAGGAGGCGUCUGCGGCCGAGGAGGACACUGGCUCGGGGAUGAUGCAGUCUGUGGAGGUGAAGGUGGAGUCAGACGUUUCAGUGAGUGGAGAGUCAACUGGCCGUGGCCUGGCCUACUACCCAUCAUAUAUCCCCCGCACCCUGAAGCCCACCGUGCCGCCCCUGACGCCGGAGCAGUAUGAGAUGUACAUGUAUCGCGAGGUGGACACCAUCGAACUCACCCGACAGGUCAAAGAGAAGCUGGCCAAGAAUGGCAUCUGUCAGAGGAUCUUUGGUGAAAAGGUGCUGGGUCUGUCUCAGGGCAGUGUGAGUGACAUGCUGUCUCGGCCCAAACCCUGGAGCAAGCUGACCCAGAAAGGCAGGGAACCCUUUAUCCGCAUGCAGCUGUGGCUGCUGGACCAGCUGGGACAAGGACUCAACCAGCUCCCCAGCCAGAGCCUCUCUCAAGAUAAAAGCCCAGUGACGGCCCAGUCGUCGCCCUCCCCGCCCCCCAGCCCAGAGGAGAGCCACCCCAGCCCGCUGGUGGAGCCCAUCAGCCUGACCCUGGAGAGCAGCAAGGAGAACCAGCAGCCUGAGGGCCUGGUGAACCCCCACCCAGAGGGAGGGAAGUCCACCCCCAGUCUGCUUUCCCUUCACCAGCCCCACACCCCGCUGGGCAUCCAGGAGCUGGUGGCCAUGUACCCAGAGUUGGACACAUACGCUAUCACCAAGAAAGUCAAGGAGGUACUGACAGACAACAACCUAGGCCAGCGGCUGUUUGGGGAGAGUAUACUGGGCCUCACCCAGGGCUCAGUGUCAGACCUGCUCUCCAGGCCCAAGCCCUGGCAUAAACUCAGCCUCAAAGGCAGGGAGCCUUUCGUCCGCAUGCAAUUGUGGCUCAACGACCCGCACAAUGUGGACAAGCUGAGGGACAUGAAGAAGAUGGAGAAGAAAGCCUAUCUGAAGCGGCGGUAUGGGCUGCUGAGUACCGGCUCAGAUAGUGACUCUCCCAGCGCCAGCUCUGAAUGUGUGAGCCCGGCCCUGGCCUCCAUAGACCUGUGUCCCUACAGCCAGGUGAAGAAGCCCAGGGUGGUGCUGGGGGCUGAGGAGAAGGAGGCUCUGAGGAAGGCCUACCUCCUGGAGCCAUACCCAUCCCAGCACACCAUUGAGAUACUGGCCUCCCAGCUCAACCUCAAAACCAAUACCGUCAUCAACUGGUUUCACAACUAUAGCAGGUCCAGGAUGCGACGGGAGGUCCUCAUGGAGGGUCUCCAGGACAACGACACGGAUGCAGAACACCACAGCUACUCUCCCUCGGCCACACAGAGCCCCACCUCAGACGGGGAUGAGAGGGGGCUGCUGCACCCCACUGGACGCACCCACCCCAUCCUCCCCCUCAGCGCCAACACACCACUGCCUCAUGUCAAACAGGAGGCCAGUGAGGGAGAGGAGGAGGAGAGGGAGGGCUUCAUCGGACAGUCUAAGACCCAGUGUUUCUCUAUGGGCAUCCAGUUCCCUCAGUUGAAAACGGAGCAUGGGGCCCUGAUGGUCGGCUGCCAAGAGCCCCACCUGGCUCCACACUAUAUUCAGAGCCUGAGGCAGGAAGAAGGGAUGAGUAGCCAGGCUCAGGGGCUCUUCCACGGGGAGCUCUCCCUAGAUGGCCCCCAGAGAGCCAGCCAGUCCAGGCACGAAGGUGACAACUCCAGCAAGUCUUUUGUAGACCCGGUCAGCUUCAAGGCAUCGUCGGAGCCCUGUCGCAGCAGCCUGGAGGUCUCCCUCAACUCCCCCUCUGCUGCCUCCUCACCCGGCCUCAUGAUGUCUGUCUCCCCUGUCCCGACUUCCUCUACACCCAUCUCCCCAUCCCUGCCCAACCCACCCACCACAAGCACCAACCACAGCCUGGACCCUAACCCCCUGCCUCCCAUCCAGAGCCCCAAGCCCAACAAGAGUGUUCAGAGACGCACUGAGAAAAUGGCCAACCUCAACAAUAUCAUCCAUAGGCUGGAAAGAGCAGCUAACCGGGAGGAGACCCUGGAGUGGGAGUUUUAGGCCCCUCCCUCCCUCCACAUUUCCUCAGUCCUGCUGAAUCGCACUGCACAUGGGAGACUCUCAAAGAGAAGCUUCCAGAGCACAUGGAGUGGAGCCUGGCUCCUCAAUGCCUGUCCUCCCUGUCUGAUCACACUAAAUAAAUACCCCUUUUCGGAAAACCGGGGGAACCGGAGCUAAACUCUUACAGAAAAAUUCCCUUAGAGGACUUGUAGAAAAUAAAAAAUAUUUAUAAAUGUGUUUUAGGUUUUUUGAUAAUGGAUACUACUUUGAAAUAUAUGUAACAGCACUAGCUGUUGUUUUACUUAAUGGACUCUGACGUAAAGACUUCUGCAGCUAUGGUGUCAUGAAAUGUACACUGAAGUUGUGUAGAUUGCCACUGGGUGAGAUUAAAAAAGACCCCUGUCUUAAGCCAUCAAAAGCACUAUAAUUAUUUAAAAAGAGACUGACCAAAUUUGCUACUUUUUGAAUAGCAAUUUUUCAGAUUUUGUCUGUAAGACAGGACUGUUUAAGUCAAGUACCGUGAAAUUCUACUACUGACUGAGAGAUAGUCCUUUAAGACUCUAAAUAUUCAACAUCUCGUAUGUACUUGGUUUCUUGGUUGUAUGUUUUGAAACAUUUGUAACAAACAUAUAAAGUGUGGUUGUACAUGUUGUAGAAUUGUCUGCAAUAGCCUUCUGAACCAGAUGUAGCAUGGUACUUCACUGACCCUGUUAUCCUUUAUAGUUAGUCACCUGUGAUAUACUUGAGCAAAAAUUGGUGAAAAAAAAAAAUCUGCAAAAAAUAAGAAAGGAAAUGUCAAAUCUAAUUAGUAGAAUCUAUUUAGUGUAUUUUGUAUUUAUUUUUUAUCAUUGAGGUUUACUAGGCUGUAAAUGAAACUCACUACACAUGAGCACAGUUUACAUGAUUUAUUUCAGACUGCUCUCGUCCUCUAAAUCACUGGUUUCAGACUGUAACGGGCCAAUGCACACCUGGUUACCUCAGUUUUUGUUGAUGCAGAUCAUGCCAUGAUUGUGUUGUCAUUCACACUCAUGACCUUCCAACCUUUGAAUAAAUGGAUUAAGAUAUGUUUGAGUGAUGUCUCAGACAACAAUGGAACCUGAUAAUCUUCUAGUGAGGAGUCUCAGGCAAACAUGAGCGUUCUUUAAAGACCACAUUGAGAACCCCAACUCUUGGAUUACAAAGGAACACAUUCAUCAUCUGCUCUCUUUCUCUCCAUCCUAAUUCUGUCUUUUCAGAGACUCAUGCUGUUCCUCCUGCCUUCAUGUCGAUCUUGUUCUUAGCUCAGUGGGCAAACACAGUCUUGAGUCAUCCAAACAACUCUGGUUUGAUUACAUGGUGGUAACAUACUGUAGAAAGAAAUAAUGCACUAAAGAGCACUGACAUGUCCCUCUGUUUGGCUCUGUCUGACUGGAAUAAAAAUCUGAAAGCAUGGAAAUGAAUCCUGAUGGAAAGAACAUCAUACAGUAUGACCAACAUUUGACUACAUUGAAUUCAGUUAGAAUGUACAUUCUAUGACACAAAAUGGAAUUGAUUGUCUCAUUAUCCUUGCCGCUAGCCACUACUGUAUUUAAUAUAUUAGUUUUGUCAUGCUUGCAGUUCGUUAUAAUCUUCUGUAUUUUCCUUCUGUUUUGUACUCAACCAUUUUAAUAGGUCUUCAAUACCUUGUGUAUGAACUACUUACAGCACUUAGAUUUGAAUAAUUGUGAGGAUUCAAGAAAUGUAAUUUUUAGUGUCCACAAGUGAGUCUUUGCCUUUACUGUAUCGUUGAAGUUGGUAGUAAACACUGUCUAACUAGUUCAGAGGAUUUGGAUUGUAUAUGUAUAGAUAUAUAAAUAUUACACAUUUACUGAAAAUUAUAUCUUAUGUUAUUGAACAAAAUGUGCUGACUAUAUUGAAAUAUAGUGUACAGAUUUAUUAAAGGGAUCAUUCUUCCAAAUUACAAAAUGACAUUGCUUACAGGGUUAGGAAACCAGUCUAUGGACAAGGAAUGACAGUAAUCCAUGCUUUGGUUUUAUUUCCCUGGCACUUUUCCCAAAUGUUAACCUUUUAGCAUUUGUGGCACAAAUCCCAUUCAAGUCAUGUUACCGAUAUUAGCAUUUUCGCACAUCAUGUUCAAAUCAUCUAUAAGGAGUCAAGCAAGGCAAUUUCACUAUACUUGUGCACGUGACAAAAAAAAUUGUUGAGCUUCACAAUCAUUUUGAGAUAUUUUCAAAUAAUUUGGACAUGAUGCCAGAAAAAUGCUAAUAUCGGUACAAGGAGUUGGAUGGGAUUUGUGCCACAAAUUCCAAAACAUUAGCAUUUUGAAAAUGUGCUAGGGAAACUAAACCAAAGCAUAGAUUGCUGCCGAACCUUGUCCGUAGACUGCUUACAGGGUAAGGAAACCAAUAUGUAAUUUUGUUAUUUGGGGGAACUAUCCCUUUAACUAAAACCCAUAUGAGCCAGUUCUGGUCUGGCAAGCUUGCCCAUGUUUUAGACCUUCUCUCAGGGUAGACUUGCUUCUUAAAGCUUUACUGAACCAGUCGCUUUCAUAAAUGGUAAACACAAUAAUUAAUGAAUAUAAUAACAGAAGAAAUCAGUAGACAGAAUGGUUCUGCCAUAUGUUAUAUGGGAUUAUGGAAGUUUUAACUAUGGGAAUGCACAUGGAAAACUAAUGGUUGUUUUUUGAGAGAAAUGGCAGGCUAUUUUGUAAUCCAUUGGUUCAAUGACAAUGUUCAUAAUUAGGUCAUUUAAUAUAAUGUUUUUUGUGAAGCAAACAGAGAGAGGCAAAAGUAUAAAAUUGCUGACAUCCUGACAGAACUGACUCUUCCAUACUUGCUGAGCAGAUACAGUAUGUGCUUGACACUUCAGAAUGACACUGUAUACCUCUGAGGAUGAAAUGGGGAAUCUGGAUAUCCUAUAUUAAUCUAUGAUGAACUGUCCUUUAUUUUUACAACUCAUUUUCUAUAUCAGUGAUACUGUGUAUGGGAGUACUUAGAAGUAACAUUUCUUGUAUGAGAUCUCAUCGUCUUACACAGAAGAAUUGACAAAUAAAUGGCUGAAAAAGGAAUUGAUUUACACAGACCCUUAUGGACCUUUACAUAUUCACAUAAACCUAAUUUAAUUGUUUGAAUUUUGCAUGCAAUUUCAUACUGGUCACAAGGGGAAUAGACUGUUUUGUAUUAUUGUUCUGGUGCAUUGACAUUGAAUCAGCACUUAUCCCUUUUUACGCUGGUGAAACCAUGCAUGUUGCAAUUGGCAGUUUUGGUGACAGACACAAUGUGUUAUAUAUUCAACUGACUGAAUUGACUCUUUGUAGUAUUCACAAGACGGGUUUAGUAAUGUGUGAAUAAGAUGGUGAAUUGAAUGAAAACAGGACUAAACAAAGUCCCUCUGAAAUGUUCUAUCCCAAAUCCCUAAGUAAAAAGCAGACAUUUAGAAAUGUCUUUUUAUCCCAUAUCAAUUAAGCCUCAUGAUUUUUCUGGCCUUUUUGAUAGAUUGUGAUUUGAUGGUCAUAGACCUCCAUCACUAAAAGGUGGUUGAGUACUUGGGUAAGCAAGUAUGCGAUUGUUUUACUGAAUUACCUAUGAGAUUUGGGUUUGAUCAUAAAGAGAUUCCAAAUGUUGUUUAACAGUAUGUGCUCUGGCGUCACCUCUCCUGUCAAAAUAAAUGUAAUAAAAACCUGUUAAUACAGAUGAGGUGCUCAAAAGGCUAACAUCUCAUCUCAUGUUUCAAGGCAUUGGGAGCUGUUAAGGAAUGGACAAAAAUAUACCAAGUGUCUUGGAUUCACAUAUGUAUGAAGCCAUCAUCCAAUACAUUAUUGAAUAAGA